AUGUAAAACCCUACAAUUUAAAAAUAGAAAAGCAAUAUUGAUUGGUUCAACGUUACUACUACCUAUACAGUAACUGAUAUUGCAUGCCGUCACGGAUCGUCACCCUCGGCUAGGGAAGGUGUAUGCUGGCUGUCCUAUCAGGAGAGCGAUUGCUUCUGUAGAGGUCGAAUGGGUACAGUCGGUAAUAUAAGGAACACGAAAUUUGAACCCCGUCUUUUUUUAUUAUGUUAAAAGUGGAAAAAAUAUCGAGGCAUUUAAAUAUUAAGGACACAGCAGGAAGUUUUACACAUGUGAGGUGCAUGCAUGAGAGAUUGGCCCAAAAGAAAACAUGCAAUUUCAACAACAUACAAUUUACUUCUUCAUCAUUAUAGUGACUUCAGUUCUUGUUUCUGUUUUUUGGAUAAAUUUUCUCUCUGAAUUUAAAAUGGAUUUUAUUUCAUUCGGAAUUACAAAUACGAGUAAACAAAAAAUUUGGAUUGUGCCUAAAAAAGAAGUUGUCAAAUCAAAAGAGAAUUUAACGUUUAUUAUAUUGAUAUAUAAUGGGCCAUAUCUAAAGCCAUACAUAGAACCUUUCCGAAAAAAGAAGUGUCCGUCAGUAACAAACUGCAUCGUUACUGACAAUGUAAAGGACAUUAAUAAAAGCCAUGCUGUUAUAUUUACUCACAUGUCUUUACCUGGAAAGCCACCAUAUAAAGCUUCCAAUCAAUUUUGGAUAUUCCAUGCUAUGGAAACCGUGCAUUACACCCACAAACCACCGAAACAUUGGGAUGACAAGUUUGAUUACACGAUGUCUUUUCGAAGGCACUCAGAAGUACUUAGAUCUUAUGGGAAAAUUGUUCGACGUGAAAAGGAAUUAAAAAGAAACUACAGCGAAGUGUAUCGAAAGAAAAAGUUUGGGGCAGUGUGGAUGUCGGGCCAUUGCCCUGUUCCUUCAAAGCGGAAAGCGUUAGCACAGGAGUUGGGAAAAUAUAUGCAUGUUGACCUCUUUGGCUCGUGUGGUACACGUCCUUGUGGAGGCAGAACUACUCUUUUAAGUGAUUGUUUGAAAAAUGUGUCUCGAGAUUAUAAAUUUUACUUAGCUUUUGAAAAUACAAUAUGUCCUGACUAUACCACUGAGAAGUUAUUCAAUUUGUUUUUGUAUGACCUUGAAAUCGUUCCCGUAGUGAAUGGUCCUGCCAAUGCAGCAGAGUAUUUACCAAAUGGAACAUUUAUCAAUUAUCAAGAUUUUCCAUCGGCGUCAGAACUUGCUAAAAAGUUACUAGAAAUUGGAUCGAAUGAGGAAAAUUACACGAAAUACCUCAAAGAGAAAGAUAAAUACCACGAUAUUGGCAAUGGCGGAGUCUUUGAUCUUGCAAUGUGUCAGCUGUGUAAUAAACUUGCGACUAAUCCGACCAGAAAUUCUUCUCUAAAUUACUGGACAUCGUUGAUGAAGAAUAAAUGUUGAAAUAGCUCUAUUUUCAUGAUUUGACAUCAGUUUUUUAAUUUCUUUUACGGCAAACUACUGAAAUACUUCGACGAUAUUUGCUUGACAUGCAAUAAAGUUACAAAAAUCUAUUUCGUUAAGUUUUGAGUUUCAGAUUCAAUUCAAAUUAGUAGGAUGAAGAAGCGUAACACACACUGUACAUGCUAUGAGGUGAGGUCAAUAUCUAUUGUCCUGAAAGUAAAAUUGCAGUCAAAAAAUAAUUGUCUAGCAAUUAAUCAUUUGUUAUGUUAUGCUUUACAGUAGAAACUAGUCAAUCUGAAAUAUAGAGUAGUUCUUUGUAAGUCAGCAUUCGUGAUACUGUGGUUUCAUCAAUAGUUUUUUUUUAAUACAAAUUUUGGUGGAUUUCGUUGUUAAGUUUAUCCAUGAAAUCAAAUGUUGAUUGAAGUGCAAUUUUUACUAACAAUUUGUAUUGUUAGGGUCAUUUGCCACGAAUUUACGUAUCCUUGAAAUUGUGAUUUUCACUUUAUUUACGAAAUUUGAUAUCCUUGAAUAUUAAUGAAACCACAGUCGUUUGAGUAAAUAGAUAGGUCGAUAGACGAUUUGCGUAGUUUUGUAAAGCAUAAUAACCUAUGCGAUUAUAAUCACUUUCUGUUAUGAAAACUAAAUGAGUUCAUACACUCAUAUAUCAAGAACAAAUAGGCAAUAUUUUAUAUAUAACAAAUAUUUGCAUUUCUUUUCAUUAGUAUGUUGUCAUUAUCACUGUGAAUUCGGACAUGCAGAUAUAUUGAAAAACUUGGCGAUAAUAUAAGAGAGAAAUUCAAACAUUGAUUUAGAUAUGGUGAUGUGAUAGUCGGAUGAAUGCUUAGGUAUCGAAUAAAGAAUUCUUCAGAUUAUAUGUUUUAUUGCACUUUUCUGAUGAAAAUGAAGUUUGUAAGGGAUAUAUGUUUUCAAUGAUCAUGGUAACAUUUUGUGGACCGCAAGUAUAUAUAUUUACUGAAUCAUUGAAAUUAAACAAUAAAAGAGCUACUUAAUAUUCUUGUAAAUAUAUGAAAAUUAUUAAGUAGCUAUGUGU